AUAAUGCGAGAAGUUGAAAUAAAGGAAGCCAGGCUACUAAGUAACCUGGCAAAAGUUAACAGUAACUUCCACUCCGUUAGUUCAACGGUUCCUGGCUAGAAGGGAGAAAAGAAGAGAGAAAAAAACCCCAAGACCUCAAAACCCCAAAACAAAACAACCCACAAAGCUUCCUGUCCCUUUAAAAAUGGCGGCUCCGUACCGAUCAACGCUGCUAUUGGUUGCACUAGGGGAAGGGGCGGGACGCGGGGGCCGGGCGCCGGCGCCGCUGAGACCCGCCUCCUACGGCAAGCCGGAGAGAGCAAGAUGGCCGCUGCCGAGGAGGACUGUGGUGCUGGGGCCGACGCUGACCGGGAAUUGGAAGAGCUCCUGGAAAGAUGCCCUCUUUGCCUCCCAAGAGAAGUUUUUCCAGGAACUGUUUGACAGCGAGCUGGCUUCCCAAGCCACUGCAGAGUUCGAGAAGGCAAUGAAGGAGUUGGCUGAAGAAGAGCCCCACCUGGUGGAGCAGUUCCAAAAGCUCUCAGAAGCCGCUGGGAGAGUGGGCAGUGACGCAACCUCUCAACAAGAAUUUACGUCUUGCCUGAAGGAGACACUAAGUGGACUCGCCAAAAAUGCCACUGAUCUUCAGAACUCAGGCAUGUCAGAGGAGGAACUGACCAAGGCCAUGGAAGGGCUGGGCAUGGAUGAAGGGGACGGGGACGGGAACAUCCUCCCCAUUAUGCAGAGCAUCAUGCAGAACCUUCUGUCCAAGGACGUGCUGUACCCGUCACUGAAGGACAUUACUGAGAAGUAUCCAGAAUGGUUGCAGAGUCACCGGGAGUCUCUUCCUCCAGAGCAGUUUGAAAAAUACCAGGAACAGCAUAGUGUCAUGGGCAAGAUAUGUGAGCAGUUUGAGGCAGAGACCCCCACAGACUGUGAGGCCACUCAGAAGGCUCGUUUUGAGUUAGUACUGGAUCUUAUGCAGCAGCUACAGGAUUUGGGCCAUCCUCCAAAAGAACUGGCUGGAGAGAUGCCUCCUGGCCUCAACUUUGACCUGGAUGCCCUCAAUCUGUCGGGCCCACCAGGUGCCAAUGGCGAACAGUGUCUGAUCAUGUGAAACACAACACGUGUCUGUCCCUGAUUCCCAGCCAUGGGGAACUUCUGGAGUCAGCAGAACCACUGGGAGCUGAGGCAGGAGUGUCAUCUGCAAGAGCAGUCUGCGCACUGCCCUCUGUCAUCCCAGCUGAGAUCGUGCCAUACCAGCUGAGGCUUUUACUCUGUCUUUCUGUAAAUACGGCCCAUUGUGUAGGCCGCUUCCGUGAGCCCUAUCCAUGUGGUUUCUGCUGCUAGCAAAGGCCCGGCUACCUACCCGGUGAAGGAAGGCAUCCCUUGUGGGGCAUGUAGUUUCCUUCCUCCCAAAUGAUGUUAUAUAUGGUCACACCGAUGUUCACUUUUGGAUCCAGGGUCUUCGUGCCCUGUCUCUACUCCCUCUUGGACCUGGGGAGCAGAGACAGAGUCCUGGGACUCUGUAUUUCUCUAGUUCUUUUGGGCAGGGCCUUCGGGAAUGAAUGGGGAGAAAUUCAGCCUGGGCUGGGGCUUUAGGUCUGUCACUAUGUCCACUUGCCUUCAGACAGACCAUUGUGAAUUCUGUGAAGGAAAAGGAGGUGGGGGCUUUUGCAUCUAAUCACAGUAGGGUUGAAAGAGAAGCCCUGGGAUUCUCUUCUCUCCAGGUGCUGAGCCUUCAACUCCCUGUUCCAGCCUGAGAACUCAAGUUACUACCUUGGAUCUUUGUACAGUCCUAUGUGAUCUGGGAGAACUAGCCCUUGACCUUCCUGUACCCCCUGCCUCUCGUCAUCUUCUCUCUUUUUAAAUACCUGUUUGUUCCAACCCUUCUCUGAACCCAAGCUGUGACAAAGAAGGGCCAUCCUGUUUCCCCUCAUCUGGGCCAUCCACUACUCUGAUUGGCCCCUCUCCCUGGAAAACAUAUGUAAUUACAGUGUCAGGUCUAGGAAAUGAAUGACUGUUCUUCCCCAGAUACAUUCUGGCUUAUUUGAGACCUCUGAUUUCUCUGAAUCCUGUCCCUUGAUUAAGCAGAUGACUUGGGAAUGGGAGUGGGGUGCAGCCUGGGUCUUUUUUCUUGACUAAUAAAUAUUCUGAUUAAGGAGU